AUGCAGGUGGAAGCAGCGUCUAGAUACUUUGGAUAAAUAUCGCCUGUCAGGAGCAAUUUGUGCACGGUAUUUUCAGGAAAACUCACAGAAGGACCGUAUAUUCCACUAUGACGAUCGUUGCUGCGCCUGUGUAGAAACAUGUUUUCUUUGGAAAUAGCUGUCAUUGUGCGAUGCAAUACAACAUUAGUAUCCAGCUAGCUUUUCUGAGCACGAUGUAACUUGUAGCUGAGCAUCUCACCGGAAAGCUCUGGACAUUGUCAAACAUUGUAACAUUUCAAUAGAAAUUAAAUAAAUGGAGGACAUGUGGAUAAUUCGCAGAAAAGUGAAAACGCGACGUUCUUUUUUCACUCAGACCGAAAACGAGGGUGUUUGCAGUAUCCAAAUGAAAUUGCCGCAAGUGUGUGGGCUUUUUUACUGCAGACUGUAGGCAAUUAUUAUAGCUAGCAAUUUAGCGAUUGCUUUUUCAUGAUGGAGCAAUGGAGGAUUUUUUUUCCUUCGAGGCUGAAGCAUUUCCUUGUCAUUGAAAAUGUUUUCGUAAAUGGUGAAUAGACCACUGUCACUGUAAACGGAGGUAGCUGUUUUAAUUGUUUAAACUGUCAAUAUCCGACCAAUAAAUAAAUAAAGUUACAGAAAUAAAACAAGACAUCAUGGAGGAAAGUAGUGUCAAUGAAACCAUACCAGAUUUAAAAGACCUGGAGCUCAAAAUUGGCAGGAAAACGCCGGAGGGACUGCUUAAGUGGAUGCGGGAAGAUGCCUCGCAUCGCGGAGACAGCAUGUUCCAGGCACAGGAGGAAGAAGACCUUGGGAGGAAGGGCCUCGCGGAAAAAAUAAGAGACUUAAAACUCGAAAUGGCACACCUGCGCUCUGUGGAUGUGAAGAUCCUGCAGCAGCUGGUGGCGGUGCAUGAGGGCAUCGAGGCGGUCAAGUGGCUGCUGGAGGAGCGGAGCACCCUGACCAGCCGCUGCAGCAGCCUGACCAGCAGCCAGUACAGCCUAGGCGAGGGGCCUGACACAUCCCUGAGGGGCAGCUGGAGCAGCCUGCAGGACCCCAACGACAAGCUGGACAACAUCUCCAUCGGCAGCUACCUGGACACCCUAGCUGAUGACAUGGAUGAGUACUGUCCCUCCAGCUCCGAGUCCGUCCUCUGCUCCACUCCUUUGGGGACAGAAGUGUCUGACCGGACUGGGGGUGCAGCAGGCUCCCCCCUGGUCAGAUCUGAGCGUCCCAAAGAGGAGCCACCGGUUUGGGCCAAGUUCGCUGCAGAUACCUCCAAAGCACCGGAGUCUGGAAGAGUGGCCUCUGCCAGCAAGGAUGCUGGGCAGACACAGCCGGGAAGGAGCAAUGGUUUUCCAGAUAAAGCCGGCAGGCAAGGGGGUGCCCCGGAGUCAGCCCGAGCUUGCUUAGCCGAGAAGCUGGGCAAAAGCCAGAGCCCCAAGCUCAAGCCGUACAAGAAUGGCAAGAUUGACCUGGAGGGGUGCAAACUUAACAGCAAAAUGCACCUGGAGUACGAUGCCCACUGGCGCUGGGUGCAGUCCCAGGACGACGUGACUUUUUUGUGAGAAAUACCAACAGUUAACAAACCCUUAAGUUGCUAAUCCUCCUUUCCUUCCAUUCAACUCAGUGGUGUUUGUUUUUGGGGGAGUUGUGUAAAAGCACCAGGGAGGUACAGGGGGUUGGCAGGGAUUGAAGUUUGUGAUGUACACAGAGUUAAUCAGGCAUGGCAUUGUACAGUGCUUCUCAGGUGUGUUUUAUGUUCAGUCUAAUAGCACGGGAAGCAAUGUCAGUUCAUUAGUCUGAUAAGCUGUAUUAUUGUAAACUUGAUUUUAGUUCCACCCCUACCUUUAGCUGGUGCAUAUGGUGCAUAGCCAGUCUCAUAGCAGGCUGGCACCGUUUGUGUUAAUAAAACAGUUUCAUUUGGUUGCAGGAAUAUGACUGUGGUCCUGAUUAAAUUAAAUUGUUUACUCACCUGCUAAGCAUUAGCCUAAUCACAUACCUGACAGAGUCAGCAGCUUUUUCAGGAACAGUGCUAAUGCAGUACCAUAAUCUAUUUUUAAUUGAUUUGUGCAUUUUUUUGCAGUU